AGGAACGGGCCGCCGCGGCGUCCUCCUCCUCCUCCUCCUCUCGGGGUCGUUUCUUCUCCCCGCUGGAGACGUCGCGAUGGGGACCCUCGUCGAGGGCUUCGUCUCUCGGCAGCUGGAGCUGCUGCAAGAGGAAAGAGAGGCCGAGAUCUCGCAAGCCAGGGCCUGGCAGGAAAGUCUCUCCCUGAAAGAACUGCAACGCAGAGGAGUCUGCUUGCUGAAGCUUGAAAUAGCCAGUCAGAGAACGGGGUUGUAUGGCCGGCUGCUUGUAACGUUCCAGCCUAGAAAGCACGGCUCAGAACUUGCAGAGCUGCCUUGUCACAGUUUUGGGCCUGGUGACAUUGUGGGAGUAUAUGAAAUGGCUGGCCAAAGAGAUCAACUGGCCACCGGAAUUGUCACCCGUAUGGCCCCCAAGUCCAUUAUAAUUGCAGUUGAUGAGCCCCAGAGUAGCCUUGUGAGCUUUGACCAGGAGAACUAUUAUCGUCUGCUGAAACUUGCCAACGAUGUUACGUAUAAACGGCUUAAAAAGGCUUUAAACACACUCAGUCAGUAUCACUCUGGCCCGUCCUCUCAUCUCAUUGAUGUCCUUUUUGGUUCUUCUGAACCCAGUGACUCCAGUGACUCCAGUGACACAAGGCUGUUGAAGUUCUACAAUGAAUCACUGGAUGCCUCCCAGGAGGAGGCUGUUCGCUUCUCGCUGGCACAGAAAGAGCUCUCGAUCAUCCACGGGCCACCUGGAACAGGCAAAACAACCACUGUGGUGGAGAUCAUACUCCAAGCUGUGCAGCAAGGCCUGAAAGUCCUGUGCUGUGCUCCGUCUAACAUUGCUGUGGACAACUUGGUUGAAAAACUUGCUAGCCAUAAGGAGCGGAUUCUACGCCUCGGUCACCCAGCUCGCCUCCUGGAGUCGAUACAGCACCAUUCCCUGGAUGCAGUCUUGGCACGCGGGGAUAACGCCCAGAUUGUAGCGGAUAUCAGAAAGGAGAUGGACCAAGCAUUAGCAAAGACCAAAAAGACCCAUGGCAAAGGAGAGAGAAGCCAUUUUCUAAAUGAGAUUAAGACACUGAGGAAAGAGCUGAAGGAGCGAGAGGAAAUAGCGAUGUCUGAAAUCCUGACACGGGCUAAUGUUGUUCUUGCAACAAAUACAGGAGCCUCUUCUGAUGGCCCCCUGAAGCUGCUUCCUGACAAUCACUUUGAUCUGGUGGUUAUUGAUGAAUGCGCACAAGCCCUUGAAGCGAGCUGCUGGAUCCCUCUGCUGAAGGCCAGAAAGUGUGUCCUGGCUGGAGAUCACAAACAGCUGCCGCCCACAAUCAUCUCUCACAAAGCUGCUGCUAAGGGACUUUCUCUCAGCCUAAUGGAACGUCUGAUUCAGAAAUACGGUGAUCGUGUUGUGAAGAUGCUCACUGUGCAGUAUCGCAUGCACCAGGCCAUAAUGCAAUGGGCUUCCACUGAGAUGUAUGACGGCCGCCUCUCAGCUCACCACUCCGUCGCGCAACAUUUACUGAAGGAUCUGCCUGGAGUGGCUUCUACUGAAGAGACUAGUAUUCCAUUGCUGCUUAUAGAUACAGCUGGCUGUGGCUUAUUUGAACUCGAGGUGGAAGAUGAACCGUCUAAAGGGAAUGAAGGUGAAGUGCGUCUUGUCAGCUUGCAUGUACAGGCCCUGGUAGGAGCGGGUGUGAAAGCAAGAGACAUCGCUGUCAUUGCUCCUUACAAUCUCCAGGUGGACAUGCUAAGAGAACGUCUGAGUCAUAAGUAUCCAGAGCUGGAGAUUAAAUCAGUGGAUGGAUUCCAGGGCAGAGAGAAGGAGGCUGUUAUCCUCUCGUUUGUAAGAUCUAAUAGAAAAGGUGAAGUGGGAUUCCUUGCAGAAGACCAGAGAAUAAACGUCGCAAUUACACGUGCCCGACGCCAUGUGGCAGUGAUCUGUGACUCUCGGACCACGGGCAAUCAUAGUUUUCUAAAACGGCUGGUGGACUAUAUGAGUGAACAUGGAGAACUGCGCACAGCUUUUGAAUACCUGGAUGAUAUUGUGCCAGGAAACUAUUCUCACGAGAGCUCUCAAGGACUCACAAAGCAGGGAAAGAGACCCAAAGUCAUUGUUCCACCUAUUCCAAAGGUGGAUGGUGAGAAACCAAAAGAAAAGUCAGUAAAACAGACUGGUGAGAAACCAAAAGAAAAGUCAGUAAAACAGACUGGUCAGAGACCAGUGGAAAGUUCUGUGCCGAGCACAGCCAGAGUUACAACACAGGAAAUGAGGAUGAAAGAAAGCGAACACAAAGCAAGGAUAUUGGACUUUCUGAAGAGUAGUGCUACACAGCUGGAUUUCCCGUCAUCCUUAAAUGCUCACGACAGGUUGCUUGUCCACCAGUGGGCGGAGGAAUAUGGGCUGCAGCAUGUGAGCACUGGGGAAGCGAAAGAGAGAUACAUAAGCAUUUCCAAGAGAGUGGCUGCCGCAAGCUUACCUCAGGGAGAUGGUGAGACCCAGGAACAACCGUUACUUCGCAGUUCUCAGAGUCCCCCAAAAGAAAUUCAGUCCCCUGAGAAAAGGAGCAGCACUAGCGUGGGGAAAGUGGAUCUGAAAACACUGCACGUGGAACGAAUGCAAAGAGAGAAGGACAAGCAAGAGGCAAGAGCAAAACUAAAUCGGGAACUGAAUGCAAAUCUUCAGGAAAUUGCUGAAGAGAAGCUCACAAAUGAAGCCAAAGGGAAAGCUGCUGUUAAAACAAGAGUGGAGAAUGUAACUGAGGAAGACUUCGAUGCUUUGAUUUCUUCUGCAAUGAAAGCUGACAACACGUGUGGUUUCCCAAAGUGCAAAGCCAGCGUCAUGACCCUGGGACAGCUCUGCCUGCAUUGCAACAAACGAUACUGUCUCAGCCACCAUAUCCCCGAGAUUCAUGGGUGUGCGGAGAAGGCCAAAACCCACGCCCGGCAGAGAAUCAGCAGGGAAGGCGUUCUGUAUGCUGGGAGCGGAGUGAAAGACAGGUCCGUGGACCCGGCCAAAAGAGCUCACCUCCAGAGGC